UCUUUUUCCUUUUAAUCAUGGUUGACGUACAGACGCUUCCGAUGGAGUCGGACCUAUAUCAAACAUUAGAGUGUGGUGCGGACGGAAAACCAGGAGGAAUCCUGAUAACAAGUGUUGGACAGGAAGUGAGUCCUGGCAUAUGGUUGGGUGGAUACAAGGCGCUAGAAACUAAAAAGUUCUUACAAAAAAACAAGAUUUCAAGCAUUCUUUCUGUCGGUCAUUUCAAACAAAUCUAUGCUCAAGAUGAAUUUAUUCACAAGAUUAUACCCAUUACAGAUAAUCCCGAAGCCAACAUUAUACAAUAUUUUCCUGAAGCCAUUGAGUUUAUUUCAAAGGCACUUCAAAGCCAACAAAUACUGCUGGUCCAUUGUUUAGCAGGCGUAUCACGAAGUCCUACAAUUAUAGCAGCCUAUCUAAUGGCUACACAAAAACUACGAUAUAAAGCUGCCUUGGCCUUAAUCAAACAAACACGACCCUUCAUCAACCCAAAUCCAGGUUUUUUAAAUCAGUUGAGGUUAUUUCAAGAGAUGAAUUAUCAAUUUAAUCCAGAGCAUCCUGCUUAUUUAGAAUAUUUAGAGAAACACCCUGUAGAUGCUGGGCACGCUGGGCAUGCUGAAUACGAGCAUUAAAAUAAAGUAAAAUUUCCGCCUCGUUAAGGCUUUUUUUUUUU